AUGGCGCUGGAAAUGGACCCGUUGCUCCACGCCUUGAGUUAUUUCAGGCGGAGGAAAUUCCAACUCUGUUCGGAUCUGUGUUCCCAAUUACUGGAAAAGGAGCCUGGCGAUCAGGCUGUUUGGUGUUUAAAAAUGCGAGCAUUAACUGAAAUGGUUUAUGUGGAUGAAAUUGAAGUGGAUCAGGAAGGCAUAGCUGAAAUGAUGCUGGAUGAAAAUGCAAUUGCACAAGUUGCACGACCUGGUACUUCACUUAAAACACCUGGAACUGGUCAUGGCGCUGGGCCUAGCAAGGCUAUCAGGCCAGUGACACAAACAGGGCGACCCUUGACAGGUUUUGUACGUCCUGGCACACAGGCUGGGAGACCAGGUAGCAUUGAACAAGCCUUAAAGACUCCAAGAACUGCUCACACUGCCCGUCCCAUGACUAGUGCUUCAGGGAGAUAUGUCAGGCUUGGAACAGCCUCGAUGCUCACUAAUCCUGAGGGUCCUUUCAUAAAUGUAUCCAAACUGAACUUAAGUAAUUAUGCUCAAAAACCAAAGUUGGCAAAGGCUUUGUUUGAAUACAUUUUUCAUCAUGAGAGUGAUGUUAAGAAUGCUUUAGAUUUGGCAGCAUAUGCCACACAGCAUGCCCAAUUCAAGGACUGGUGGUGGAAAGUGCAAAUUGGGAAGUGUUAUUACAGACUAGGAUUAUACCGUGAAGCAGAAACACAGUUUAAGUCAGCUCUCAGGCAACAAGAUAUGGUAGAUACAGUACUGUACUUGGCAAAAGUAUAUUCCCGCUUGGAUCAGCCUUUGACAGCUUUAAAUGUUUUCAAACGAGGUUUAGAACAAUUUCCUGGAGAAGUUUCCCUCCUUUGUGGCAUGGCCAGGAUUCAUGAGGAAAUGAACAACAUUUCUACAGCUGCAGAAUACUAUAAAGAUGUCUUAAAACAAGAUAAUACCCAUGUGGAAGCCAUUGCAUGCAUUGCAAGUAAUCAUUUUUACUCUGACCAGCCAGAAAUAGCUUUACGUUUUUAUAGGCGGCUCCUGCAGAUGGGCAUUUAUAACAGCCAACUCUUUAACAAUCUAGGCCUCUGCUGUUUCUAUGCCCAGCAAUAUGACAUGAUUCUCACUUCAUUUGAACGUGCACUAUCUCUAGCAGAAAGUGAGGAACAAGCUGCAGAUGUGUGGUACAACUUGGGACAUGUAGCUGUGGGAAUAGGUGAUAUAAAUUUGGCUCAUCAAUGCUUCAAAUUGACUUUGGCUAACAACAAUGACCAUGCAGAAGCCUAUAAUAACUUGGCUGUGUUGGAAAUGCAAAAAGGCCACAUUGAGCAGGCAAGAGUGUUUCUGCAGACGGCUUCAUCAAUAGCACCUCAUAUGUAUGAGCCACAUUUCAAUUUUGCUGUCUUGUCUGAAAAGGUUGGAGAUCUCCAAAGAAGCUAUAUAGAAGCUCAGAAGUCCAAAGAAAUUUUUCCAGAGCAUGCGGACUCUCAGCAACUUAUUAAUCAGUUAAAACAACACUUUGCCAGACUUUGAUGUACCUCCCUCCCAUCAAAGAAAAUAUUUAUUUUUCUUCAAAACUGCAGACGUAUGCAAAAUUAUAAAGAAUUCUCAGAAUAUUU